AUGGACGUCAUCAAGAAGGCAUUUGAAGAAAACUCUGAACCGUCGCCGAACCUGAACCUGCUGUGCCGGUUCUCAGCACGGUACCGCACGGGUGUCUACCCUUACGGCGUCUGCACUCACUUCAUCUACGCCAGCGUGCCAAACAGACCAGGAUCCCAGUCACCACACGGCAGCAAGGACGUGCUCUACAGCUACGACCCCGCGGCUUUCAAGAAGUUCCUGCAUCUGCGCGACCUGGCCGGUGACGUGCGACUGCUUCUCUCCGUCGACCUGGAUGCGAUGCUGCAGACGGGCUGGUCUCCGAAGCGUCUCGCUUCGGAUGCCCGCGUGUGGCUGGACCGCAGUGGAGUUGACGGACUCCACCUGGACGGCCUGGAAGUCAUGCCCAGAAGCAUUCACAACGUCAGCGAAAUCGUCGCUGCCCUGCGACAGUCUUUUAAGAAACAGUACCUGCUUACCAUUGGCAUAGACCGCACGCAGAAGAUCGUUGAGGACGAGCUGCUACACCUCCUUGAGUUGGUGGACUUCGCCAGCUUCUCGACGAGUCACAUUCGGCACAUGGACGAGCGCACCACGUUGUCGAACCCAUACACGAAGUACGAAAACAGCACUUCCGGCCAGUUCCUGGGCCGUGAAGUGGGCCAGCUGGCCAAGCUGGCGGCGAGAUCACCGAAGUCUCAGGUGUGCUUCACGCUCGUGCUGGGUGGCAACCAGUUUCAGCUGCGGGACUCUUCUGAGCAUGGACUUGGAGCACCGGCGAAACACGUCAGGGACGUUUCCUAUUCCGAGAUCUGCAAGCGACAGUGGACCGAGGUGAAGUACAUCGAGCCAGCCAUCGGCUUCUACGCACACAGCGGGAAGACAUGGGUCGGCUACGACACCGAGAAGACAAUCGCUGCAAAGGUGCAGCUAGCCAUGCGCAAAUACCCGGACUUCUGCGUCAUGCUGAUACAGGUAGACAAGGACGACGUCCGCGGCAUCUGUUCCGAGAGGCACUUCCCUCUUGUGCAGAGCGUCAAGCACGCCAUGCGCCACUACCACCGGCAGGCACCGGCUCCCGAAUCGUAGAGGAAACGCUGGGGUCCAGUACUAUCGCGCUUUCGCUUCGGUAAUAAAUACAUGCGGUGAAAA